CGCCGCUCCCUGUGCCGCCGCCUUAACCCGGGACGCGGACCCGAGCCUCUGCCCUAUCCGAACACCGGCCCCGGCUCUACCGAGGCCCCGUCCCCCCACCCCGCCUCGCCGCCGCCAUGGCGGACCCUAAAUACGCCGACCUUCCCGGCAUUGCCAGGAACGAGCCAGAUGUUUAUGAAACCAGCGAUCUGCCUGAGGAUGAUCAAGCGGAGUUUGACGCGGAGGAGCUGACCAGUACGAGUGUGGAGCACAUCAUUGUCAAUCCCAAUGCUGCCUAUGACAAGUUUAAAGACAAGAGAGUGGGGACAAAGGGACUUGAUUUCUCAGAUCGCAUUGGAAAAACCAAGAGGACAGGCUAUGAAUCUGGAGACUAUGAGAUGCUUGGAGAGGGCCUGGGAGUAAAGGAGACACCCCAGCAGAAGUACCAGCGACUUCUACAUGAGGUCCAGGAGCUGACAACUGAGGUUGAGAAAAUCAAGACAACAGUGAAGGAGUCAGCCACUGAAGAGAAGCUCACCCCUGUGGUGCUGGCUAAACAGUUGGCAGCCUUGAAGCAGCAGCUGGUGGCUUCCCACCUGGAGAAGCUGCUGGGACCGGAUGCAGCGAUCAACCUCACUGACCCAGAUGGAGCUCUGGCUAAGCGUUUAUUGCUGCAGCUGGAAGCAACAAAGAACAGCAAAGGGGCUGUUUCAGGGGGCAAGACUGCCAGUGGGUCCACCCCAGAUAGCAGCCUUGUCACUUAUGAACUACAUUCUCGGCCUGAGCAGGACAAGUUCUCUCAAGCUGCCAAAGUUGCAGAACUUGAGAAGCGCCUAACAGAGCUGGAGGCCACUGUACGCUGUAACCAGGAUGCUCAGAAUCCCCUUUCUGCAGGUCUCCAGGGAACCUGUUUAAUGGAGACUGUAGAGCUGUUGCAGGCAAAGGUGAGCGCCCUGGACGUCACAGUUUUGGACCAAGUGGAGGCUCGGCUACAGAGUGUCCUGGGGAAGGUGAAUGAGAUUGCCAAGCAUAAAGCCUCCGUAGAGGAUGCAGACACACAAAGCAAGGUGCACCAGCUCUAUGAAACCAUACAGCGCUGGAGCCCUGUUGCCUCUACCCUUCCUGAGCUGGUGCAGAGACUUGUCUCCAUCAAGCAACUGCACGAGCAAGCCAUGCAAUUUGGUCAGCUCCUGACACACUUGGAUACCACACAGCAGAUGAUUGCUAGUUCCCUCAAGGACAAUACUACACUCCUGACUCAGGUGCAGAAAACCAUGCGUGAAAACCUGUCCACGGUUGAGGGGAAUUUUGCCAACAUUGAUGAACGAAUGAAGAAGUUGGGAAAGUGAGCACCUCUGGGAGUAUAGAAUAGGGGUGAUCCUUACUCCUAUGAACUCUUAACAGCUUAACAUAGGGUUUUCCAUAAUUAUAACUCUCGCAUCCCCAUCCCAUUCUACACGGGGGCAAGGGGCUCUUAUUGCAUGAUGACUGUAGAGUGGUAGCUGGAGAAGAGUAAAUGGUAAUCUCUCCUCGGGCCUCAGGAUGAGGACCUGGCUGCAGCCACAUGCGGGCCCCUGCCUACUACUACUUUGCCUGGUGUGU